AAAUAAAAUCUAUAGAAACACUGUAAGGUCCUUCUUUACUGACAGAUGAUGAAUCUUCACAUCUCUAUUGCUCUUCUUGUCGUUCUUCUCACUGGAGGAAACUCUCUGACAUGUUAUCACUGCCUUGAUCAGCAGCAGGGCCGUUGUGAACGGCAGGAAGACUGUAGCUAUGAUAGCAUGUGUGCAAAUAUAAGAAAAGUAGAAUACAAAAAUGGCACAAUGACAGAAACCAAUGAAACACGUUGUGUGACUGGGGAUUAUUGUGAGUCUUGGUCGCAAAGCUCAGCCCUUGAGAGGAAAGCAGUUUCUGUAAAAUGCUGCGAUACCGACCUUUGCAAUGACCAAGAAAUCCCAGUUUUGAAUAUCCCCAAUGGAAAGAAAUGUUACAGUUGUGAUUGGCAGGACUGCUCAAACACAGUAAACUGUUGGGGAAAUGAAGAUUAUUGCUUUACCACAAAUGAAGGUGUAUUAACAGAAGAAGAAGGAGAUGAUUAUUAUUUUUCAUAUCAGUCAGAGACUUUUAAGGGGUGUGCCUCUAAAUAUAUUUGUGAUAGUGUAUCAGAAAUUAUUAAUUGGCCAGAUUAUGGUUACGGGAAUGUCACAUGCUGUGAAGGGGACUUGUGUAACAGUGUUAAGAACAUCACUCAGAAUGUCCUUCCUCAUAUUAAGAAUCAUGCAAUUAAUACGUACCCCCGUAUCACCCAUUUCGUCGAGGGAAGACGAAGAGGGCAACGGUCCUAG